GGCGCGGCGUGGUAGUGUGCCUCCGUCCGCGACGCCGAGCGCCGCGACGACCGCGCUCUCGCCGCGUAAACAAACCUUAAACAAUCACUUAUCUCGCCGCGAUUAAACGAUACCACUAUCAGACCGUGAUAACUCAGUGUGAUAACAGAUAAGGACCCGAGUGCUCUACCUUCACUUUUGUGUAUUAUGUAAAACAAGGAUUUUGUGAACCAUGGCAGCGACGACGGGCCGCAAGAGCUUCUCCAUUCACGACUACCCUGAACACCUGAAUCCCUUCCAUGAGGAAGACAACCAUAACAAGAUCCGAUUCUGGACUAUCGGCAGAAAGCUCAGCAGAACGAAUAGCAUCAGUUUUUCUGGGAUUAAGGACCUGAAAAAUUCAUGGUCACUCCGCUCGUUUAUGAGAAAGGACAAGAAGAAACAGUCGCAAGACAGCAAGCUCGGCCAGCAGGUGAACGGCGACAGCAGCCCCGUGGUCUACCGCCGCGCGCUACAACACACAUCGACGUCGGGGGUGCGCAGCACCGUCGGCUCCCCGGAGCACGCGGACCGCUACAUCUACGGGGGUUCCAUCACACCGCUGCCGCGCUCGCGGUUCCAGGAGCGCCUGCGCAGCCCUAGCAACUAUGAGGUCAACUCACUCAGCACGACACCCCGCAUGGCCCGUAGCGAGGUGUCGGGCUCCCGGCUGAGCGUGGAGAGCACGAACCCAUUCGACGAGGCCCCGAUACCGCCCGUGCGCGCCUCCCGACGCAAGAAGAAACGCGCGCCGAUGCCGCCACAAGGCGGGCCUGAUACUUCCGCAAGCAGCAUAAACACCACAUUGAACAUCAGCGAAGUCGAAGAAGAAACUCCCAAGAAAGAUCCCGAUUUGGAAGUCGAAGAUGAAAACUUAAACGUCGAACUUAAAAUAGUUGAGGACGAGGAGACGAAAACCAAAGAUAAGGAAACAGAGAAACCUCCAGAUGUCGUUCAAGAUACGAUUGUAGAAGCUGUAAAAGAUUCAACGACCGAAGCUGCCCCUAAAGAUACAACGAUAGACAUUUCAAAAGAAACUACAGCUACAGAAACAAUACAAAUUUCAAAUAACAACUCGGUCACGGCACCCGUUUUGACUCAUCAGGAUUCCGAUGAUGUCGUGGUUAGGAGCGCAGAAAAUGGACUACACGAGACUAAAUUGAGUAACGCGGAUUCGGAAGGCGACAUUCUUGAUAAGGUUUCAUUCCCCAAAGUUGACAUUACCACAUAUAGAAGAAAUUCCAGCGUCAACGAAGACGAAAUCCGACUCAGAAGGGGUAACUUAGAAGAUUACCACACUCUCGCAAAUAAGAGAAGCAAGAGUCUCACUAACACCUCGGACCCAGUCUACGUGGCAUUUGACAUCAACCUUAAUGAAAGCAGGUCUGACAGGGAUCUAAAUGGCAACGACGAACCCCAAAAAGUAAUUUGUAAGCUCUAUGACGAAGCGGUGAGAAAACAAAGUGUCGAUAAUUCUAUUUCCAGUACUGAAAAAGAAUUCAUCGAAAUCGAUAGAGCUACAAGGGAGCUUGAAAGGGAAAUCAGCAAGUUGAACUCGGCUUUAAUAGACGAUGAAGACAUACUGGGUGCCCCUCGGUUGUCUGUCUCUGAUAUAAAGCGCAGGUUUGACAACAAUAAUUCCUCGCCCCCUAAUCCCAUACCAAAGCCUAGAAGAAGCCAUUAUGGAGGUAACUCGCCCGACCAGGUCAUCUAAGGUUAAGAGUAUGUUUUAACAAUGUAAAACGCAAUAGUUACCUGUGGUAGCAAUGCUAGUGGUAUUUUUAUUCCCAGUAGUAAUUGACCAAUAUAUUCCGGGAUUGACAUUGAAAAUAACGCGAGGCUGUUUUAAAAACUAUUGCAACGUGCCUAAA